CUUGAAACUCCAUAAUUUUUGUAGAUUCUGAAGUUAAUGAAUUCACCAUAUUGAUCUGCAAAGCUUAGUGAUGGCGGGAACCGAGAAAGAAGAACUGGAACUACACGAAUCCGAUAAUCAGUUCGUUUGGGAUGAAACUUCUCAGCUUUACUAUCAUGCUAGCACUGGAUUUUAUCACGAUCCUCAAGCAGGCUGGUACUAUAGUUGUAAUGAUGGCCUUUAUUACAAAUUUGAAAAUGGUACUUAUGUACCCAUGGAGUCUUCUCAGGAUGGUUGUCGUGAAAUGAAUAGUUGUGAGAGCAUUGCGCGUGCGGAUUCUAACAAAGAGGAGGUAGAUGCAGACAUAAGUAUGUCAGGUGAAAAUGUGGCGCAAGCAGUGGAACCACUUUCUUCUGAGUUCGCUGAAGAGCACUUGGAGGAUACCAGUUGCAAGCUUCCAGAAAACCCGCCACCACCUUCAGAGUGGCUCGAAGAUACUCUCAUUGAACUUUAUCUGGCGAAUUAUACCACUCAAGCUGCCAAUAGUACUUCAGACAUAACAGUGGCUCCUGAAAUAAAUGACACGGAUCACACACAUUUGUCAGCAGCUGGGAAUGACAGCACAUAUGAACUUGAGGAAGGUGAAUGGAUACCAGACGACUGGACAGAUUCUGCUGAUCCAAUUGCAGAUGUCAUGGAUGAUGGCAUUUGUUUGGAGGAAGAGAACUGGCGAGCCCAGUAUGGUCAAGUUGAACGACCAGUUGAGGAUUCUCUGUCACAUAUUCAGGCUGUUGAUUUGUGGGACUGGUCAAUGGUUAAAAAGAUCAGAAAAGGUCGAAAAAGAAGGGUGGCCAAGCUGGUAGGACGACUGGUGAAGCCCACUGCUAAGCUGCAUCCAUCAAUGCCCUCAAGUGGCCAUCUUCUUAAAACUGCCCCAGUAUGUGAAGUUCAUCUUGAUCUGGUACGAGUUACAUCAGGUCAGGUGUACAGGUUGAGAAAUCCUAGCACACAAUAUUUGGCUUCUUUGUCAAAUUAUGAUUCUUCCAAUCCAACGAAAUAUUGGCGCUUUCCGCAAAUGUCAAUCAACAGAGAAAUCCAGACAUGCUCACCAGUCACUGAAAGAUAUAAACCCAUAAGCACAACACUUCCUGGUGGGGAGGAUGUAUCUCUGCCAUCGGAGAUCAGUGCACCUGAAAAGGACAGAGACCACCUGUACAGGGACAGAGCUGCAGAAAGAAGAGCAUUGCAUGGUGGGUUUGGCGUUGGUCCAGGGCAAAAAAUUUCACCCAACUCUGAUGAUUCUGUUCCUUCGGAGACAUCUGCUGGUCCAGAGGAAGCUCUUUCCGAAUCCUUGAGCAAUUCAUUUGGAGCUGGUAGCUAUGCCAGAAGAAUGUUGGAAAACAUGGGCUGGAAAGAGGGGGAAGCACUUGGCUGCAGCAACAAGGGGUUGAUUGAACCUUUACAGGCUACGGGAAACAAAGGUUCUGCUGGGCUGGGUUGGAAUGAUGAGCGAAGAAAGCAGUCCAUGUACAGUUCUAAAAAAUAAGCGCUGUACCUCCUUUUUUGG